UGAAAACAUAAUACGAAAUGUUUGAUUAAAAAUCAUAUGAAAAACCCAUUAAUUGUAAAAACAAAUGAAAUAUUUUUUCUUUGAGUGACAAUCAAGUGAUCACACAAUUGAUGCACAAAAAUGACAGAAACAAUGGAGACGUUGUCGACGAUAAUGAAGUCCUACUUGAAUGGCAACCAAUACAUUGAUCCGCAGAUAUCGUUGUUGUUGUCUGUAGUGGUGGUGUUGAUGGCCAUUGUGUUCGGGUUUGUGUUCAGAAGUAUGCGACCAAUGACUCGCAUGACUCGAGUCAUUCUUCCCGAUCCAACACUUCCCAGAUUUCGCAAAAGAGAUAAAGUAAUGUUUUAUGGCCGCAAAAUGUUAAGAUCUGUGCGAUCAUCACUUCAGGCCACAAGCCGACUUCGGGGUAAAAAGCGUCAGAUUGUUCUCAGGUUUGCUAAACGACUUCUACAUAUUAAGAAAGACCAGCCGUUGACACUUCAAGUGAGUGAACCAUCGCAAGCAUUUCUCGAAGAAGAAAUUGGUGAUCAAUGUGAACAACCGCUUCCUCCAGAAGUGAUAUAUAUGUUGAAAAGUAUUCGUGUCUUUGGCUUCUUCGAUAAGCCGCUAUUUCUUGAAUUGUGCAAAAAUCUAGAGUUCGUGAACGUACCGAAAGGACAGUAUUUGUUUACCAUCAAUGAUCCCGACGAUAGUAUUUUUAUUGUCCAAACGGGUCGAAUACAAGUGUCAAUCAGUGAAUUAGACGGAACUGAUCUUAUUCUAAAAGAAGUGUCAGUCGGAGAAUCAAUUGCUAGUAUGUUAUCAGUAAUGGAUGUCUUGACUGGACAUUUGGCUCCAUUUAAAACAGUGUCAGCAAAAGCCAUUGAGGAAAGUGUUAUCAUUAGAUUACAAGUCACUCUAUUUAAGCAAUUACUCGACAAAUAUCCCGAAUCAUUAGUUCGUGUCGUUCAAGUAAUUAUGGUUCGCCUUCAAAGAGUUACUUUUACGGCAUUACAUCAUUACUUGGGUCUCACCACUCAAUUGCUAAAUCCGGGACCAAUAACUCGUAGGGCAAAUGUAAGCUCUGUAGUUCACACAUUACACGCACUUCCCAGUGGUUCCAGUCCUCCAAAAACCAGUCCAUCGCGUACUACAAAUUAUCCAUCUCUUCAACAUUCACUUUCUUAUUCUGGUACAGAAUCUUCAGAUUUAAAACAAGUUUUGAAAGAAUUUGCUAAAAACGAAGGAAAAGAUUUAGAUCAACAAACAGAAGACUUAACUACAAGUGAUAAAACAAUAAUUGAAAGAAAACGAUCAGAGGGUGAGUCCCCCCGUCGACUAAAAUUAAUUAAUACAUACUAUUGUCAAUUGCCUGAGAAUCAAAAGAAACGCCGGCGCUCUCUAGUCUCUAAUGAAAAUCCAAUUCAAGGUCUAACCGAUGAUGAGAUCUUCAAUCUUGCUGUUGAAGGACUACUUCAGCAUUUGAAUAUUGAUGACGAAGAAUUGGUUAAAAAGAAAUUAGUAGUCAAAGAAUAUAAUGCAGGAGUUUGUCUCACCAGUGAAGAUACACACGAAGAGAAUAACUUGUUUUAUGUGUUGUCUGGUUCUAUAAUAGUGACACAAAAGUCCAUCGAUAAAGACGAAGAAAAUAAUUUAUAUAUUGUAUAUCCGGGAGAAAUAGUGGGCGCACUCUCUGUAAUUACAGGAGAGCCGUCUCUCUUCACAAUUAAGAUACGACAGUCCUGUAAAGUAGGAGUUAUUACUAAGGAUAACAUUUACGAUAUACUAACUGAAUAUCCAAAGUCUGUAUUACAUUUGGCUCACGCAGUGGUCCGACGAUUAUCACCUUUUGUUAGACAAAUAGAUUUUGCAUUGGAUUGGAUUCAUUAUGAGUCCGGUCGUGCCAUUUAUAGACAGGGAGACAAAUCUGACUGCACUUAUAUUGUCUUAAGUGGUCGUUUGCGUUCAGUUAUUACUCGACCAAAUGGUAAGAAAGAGUUAGUUGGCGAAUAUGGUAAGGGAGAUCUUUUAGGACUUGUUGAAGUGAUCACUCAAACUCAACGUUCGACAACUAUUAUGGCCGUAAGAGACUCAGAAUUGGCUAAACUUCCGGACGGACUCGUGGAGGCAAUUAAAAUAAAAUAUCCAGUGGUUGUCACACGACUUAUUCACCUUUUAGGACAUAGACUUUUGGGAAGUUUACACCAUAUGCCCGGUCAACACAGUUUACAUACAUUAUCCGCAACAGAUAUGGGCGGUCGUCCAACGGGUUCUAACUUUACAACUGUUGCUUUAUUGUCUGUGACCAAUGAUGUACCUCUUCAAGCAUUUUCAAUGGAGUUAUAUCACGCAUUAACAUCUAUUGGACCCGUUUCUCAUUUGACAUCAGAGUUUGUCAGAAAAUUAUUGGGACCGACAGCUCUUGAGAAACAAUCCGAAUAUAGACUGUGCUCGUGGUUGGGGCAACAGGAAGACCAACACCGCAUUGUUCUCUAUCAAUGUGACUCUCACUUCUCCACUUGGACUCAGAGAUGCAUCAGACAAGCGGAUUGUAUUUUAAUGAUAGGAUUGGCAGAUCAGGAACCAACUGUUGGUGACGUUGAGAAACAGUUGGAACACUUAGCCAUUCGAACACAAAAAGAAUUAGUUUUACUCCAUAAACCAGAUUCGCUUAAACCACAAAAUACAGUUCUAUGGCUUAACAUGAGAUCCUGGUGUUCAUCACACCAUCACAUUAGAUGUCCUAAAAGAAUGUUUACAAAGAGAUCACUUGCGAAGACUAAAGAAAUUUACGCUUCAAUCUUCAAUAACCCGCCAUCUAUUCACUCAGACUUUUCACGUUUAGCGAGAUUUCUUACCGGAACUUCAAUUGGUUUAGUAUUAGGAGGCGGUGGAGCCAGAGGUGCAGCACAUGUAGGUAUGAUUAAGGCUAUUACAGAAGCAGGAAUACCCAUUGAUAUGGUUGGUGGUGUCAGUAUUGGCGCAUUCAUGGGUGCUCUUUGGUGUCAAGAGAACAAUAUUACAACAUUUACUCAAAAGGCCAGAGCCUGGUCUCAUGGCAUGACUUCAUAUUGGAGUCAAAUACUGGAUCUAACAUAUCCAGUGACCGCUAUGUUUACCGGUCAUGCAUUUAAUCGUCACAUUUAUGAAGUUUUUAAUGAGAGACAAAUUGAAGAUUUAUGGCUUCCAUACUUUACAGUGACUACUGAUAUUACAAGUAGUUGUCCUCGAAUUCAUAGACACGGAUCACUUUGGCGAUAUGUGCGCUCAAGUAUGUCUUUAUCUGGAUAUCUACCCCCUCUUUGUGACCCUAUGGAUGGUCAUCUACUAUUAGAUGGUGGAUAUGUCAAUAAUUUACCAGCAGAUGUAAUGCGUGAUGUGAUGGGUGCCGAAACAAUUUUGGCCAUUGAUGUCGGCAGUCAAGAUACGGCAGAUAUGACCAAUUAUGGCGACACUUUGAACGGUUGGUGGCUAUUGUGGAAGCGUUGGAAUCCCUUUUCCAAACCCGUUAGAGUACCAAAUUUGCCUGAAAUUCAGUCGCGUUUGGCUUAUGUUAGUUGUGUCAAGUUAUUAGAAGAAGUCAAACAAAGCGAUUAUUGUACUUAUAUUAGACCACCAAUUGAUAAAUACAAGACUUUACAAUUUGGCAGUUUUGAUGAGAUUAUGGAAGUGGGACUCAAUCACGGAAAGGUGUUAUUUUCAGCCAUGCGUUUGGCUGAACAAAAAUCAUUACAUUCACUCUUGCAUAAGGAACGGUCUAAAGUCUAUCACAGACAGGGACUGGCCGUUCAAAAUCACGCCUCGUUUACUGAUUUAGCUGAAAGAGUAUGUAAGAUAAAGACGCCUAACAAUAAUAAAUUGAAUUUAAGUCUAACUCAAAUCGAUGACAUCUCUGAAGACGAUGACGAGUAUGUCUCUGAACCCGAUAUGCUUAACAUUGGAACCGAUACGGACACAGAUUCCGCACCAAAAACAUUGAAACACAGAAAGAUUAGUACAAUGUUCUGAUUUUUCUGUGUUUUAAUGGUUUGUUUAUUUUUGAACUCAUUUUUAUAAUUUUAGAUUUUAAUUAAUGUUAUCUUAAUAAUUAUAAAUAACAACUAAGAAUUUAUAUAAAAUUUAUACAAUAGAGAUAUGUGUAUUAUUUGAUAUUUUUCUUAAUAAAAACUA